AGAGAGAACCGAGGAGGAAGCGGACCGCGCGUCACGGCACGGCAGGAGAAUCAGAGCCCCGCUGUUUGUGAACGUGAGCCCUCCCUCGUGCUCUCUAACGGAUUCUAACCGCCACGCGCUCUCGCCGGGAGUAACGGCGGACAGAGGGAUCACUAUGGCGACGCUGGGAGCGGAGCCCACCCGUCCCCCACCGUCCCAGCUCGGUUCUUCCCCGUCAGUACAGACUCAGCUCGGCGGCGCCAACCUGCCGCCAAACCGCGGCUUGGAGCGCGCGCUGGAAGAGGCGGCGGCCAGCGGGGUGCUCAACCUGAGCUCCCGAAAACUGAAGGAGUUUCCUAGAACGGCUGCCAACCACGACCUAACGGACACGGUGGAGGCAGAUUUAUCAAAGAACCGUCUGACUGACGUCCCCUCAGAGGUCACACACCUGGUUGCCUUGGAAAUGUUAAACCUGUAUCACAACUGCAUCAGGACCAUCCCAGACAGCCUGAUCGGCCUACAGUCUCUCACCUCACUAAACCUCAGUCGUAACCAGCUGUGCGCUCUUCCCGCCUGUCUGUGCGGUUUACCACUGCGAGUCCUCAACGCCUCCAACAACAAGCUGGUGAGCCUGCCUGAAAGUAUCGGACAGCUGCAGCGCCUCAUGGAGCUGGACAUAAGCUGUAACGAGAUCACAGCUCUUCCUCGUCACAUCGGUCGACUCAAAGCUCUGAGAGAGCUCAACGUCCGUAGGAACCUCCUCUGUGUCCUCCCUGAAGACCUGGCCGGUCUUCCACUGGUUAAGUUUGACUUUUCCUGUAACAAAGUGUCAACCAUCCCCGUGUGCUACCGGAAGAUGAGACAGCUGCAGAGUCUGCAGUUAGAGAACAACCCUCUGCAGAGCCCACCUGCACAGAUCUGUAUAAAAGGAAAAGUUCACAUCUUCAAGUAUCUCAGCAUUGAGGCAUGUCGCAGCGAGAAGAUGCCUGACUCACUUUACCUCCCCGUCAUCGAGCGUCUCAGCCUGCACCGACCCACUGGCAGUGUGGAGGAUAUGGAGCAGCAGAAGAAGCAGGACAGUGAUUCAGGAGUUGGCAGCGACAAUGGAGACAAGAGACUCUCUGCUACAGAGCCAUCAGAUGAGGACAGUCUGAGUCUGAAUAUACCAAUGAGCCACAUCACAGAAGAGGAGGGGAUCAGCAAAGACGAUUCCAGCGAACACAUCAGCUCGCUCACAGCCGACACAAACUCAGACUCGGUGCGUCUGAUUGAGGAGAGUCCUACGGAAGCUCUGAGGGACCAGUUUGGUUACCGAGACUCUGCUCUCAGCACACGCUUCGUCAACUACAUCAAGGGUCGGACAGCAGCAGACUUCGAUGAGCCUCUCAGGAUAGAAGAAGAUUCACACUGGAGCACAGAACAAAUAUCUAAGGUAACUGGGGGCACAGAGCUCCACAUCGACAUGAUCAACCAACUGAAGGAGGCCGUGGAGCUGCUGCAGGACCCCAGCAGAGUGAACGCCCAGCAGGACGAUCUCUCUGGAGUUCAGCUCUAUCCUGUAGAGAUGGUCAAUGUGGAUGAGUCACUAAAUGGACAGGACAGUGACGACGGCAUCACAACACCAAAGAGAGAUGACAGAUCUCCUCUCAGCAGCCACCCUUCCUUCCAGAGUCCAGUGUUUGGGUUAAAGCCACGAUCAGCCCCGCCCUCGCUGCCUUGCUCGCCCCCUCCUUCCUGUCUCGCCCCCUCCCUCCUCUCACAGGCCUCGCCCCUCCAUAGAGAUGGUAGCCAUGGUGACGGAGGCUUGCACAGUGGCGUGUUCCUGCGAAGCCACAAGAGCCUGGAGUCGGUGGAUCCUCAGUUCACCAUGAGGAGAAAGAUGGAGCAGCUGAGAGAGGAGCUGGAGCUGAUGGAGCAGCUGAGAGAUAGCAUCGAGAGCCGGCUGAAGGUUGUCCUCCCUGAAGACCUCGGAUCGUCUCUGAUGGACGGCGUCGUGCUCUGUCAUCUGGCCAAUCACAUUCGCCCGCGCUCCGUGGGCAGCAUCCACGUCCCCUCACCUGCAGUGCCCAAACUCAGCAUGGCUAAGUGUCGGAGAAAUGUGGAGAACUUUCUAGAUGCCUGCAGGAAGAUUGGUGUGCCAGAGGACAAACUGUGCCUCCCCCAUCACAUCCUGGAGGAGAAAGGGCUGGUUAAGGUCGGCAUCACAGUCCAGGCUCUGGUGGACGAGGGCUCACCUCAGCACGCUCUCCUGACAUGAGCCUCAGGGAUGCACCGAAACAAGCAACAAAUGCACCUGGACGGGCUUGCUCAGUCACACACUGUUUUGGUUGAGCAUGGUCAGGGAACUAAAGCAGCAACUAAUUCACCAACAUUAGGGUUCAUUAACUAGGCAGGGUGACACUGAGCAGACUCUGAUUGGUUCAUUUCUCACCCUUCACAAGGUUUUCUUUUAAUUGAUGUGAGUGAACAACGCCUUAGCUCGUCAGCUUUAUUAAAGAAGCUCAAAAUUUUUUUGAUGAAGCAUCAAAACAACCCAAAAACUUCUUUUAUUUAUUCUAUUUAAUGAAAAAAGUUGCACCUGUUUUAUUAGAAAUAAUAAGAAGUAUCACGGCUUUUAAAUGAAGAGCUAAAAGUGUAAAAUAUUGACAGAAAAAAAUAAAUAAGCAACACUAAAAGGAACACUUUACAGAGUUUGAAAUUUAGUUUUCAGAUAAGCAAUUUAGACUAAAAUCUUCAUCUGUAGGGGGAAAAUCCUGAUUAUUUUAAAGAUUUUUUUUUUUUUUUUUUUUUUUAGAGAUUCUGUCAUUAAAAUGAUAAAACAGUAUCGGGGCCAAGGCAGAGCAGAAAAGGGCCAAACUGUUUGAGAUAAAAUAAAUGAAUAAUAAUCUUUCAGAGAGCACAUCUAUGUGUUGGACUCUAUAAACAGAUCUAAGGACAUCAGUCUCAUCCAUGAGUGGAUACCAGGGGUAAAUCUGAGCACGUUCUGCUUCUGUCUGUGGCCCUGAGGCUCUGAUUCUACAAACACAUACUGAUAUUAUUCUUCUGCUCUAGCUCCAGUCUGACCGAUUGAUUCUUUAUCUAAAGGUUAUUGAUUUAUUCCUCUUCAAACUUCAGGUAAAAGCCUUUCUGCACUGUGUAAGAAACAGAAACCAAAAUCUUCAUCCUGGAUAUUUAAAUAUUUAUAAAAUAAGAGGCGCUGUUUGAAUCCAGAAUAUCCCAAAAAUAUUUUCUCUAAUAUAUUUUAGCUAUCUGUUUUUUUUAACUCAGAACGUGUGUGGAGCCAUCUGCGCGCCCGUGUUUGUCUCAUCAUGUGACCCAUCUGUCUAUGUGUCUUUUUGGACUUUUUUGGCAUCCUUACUUCAGCAGAUCGUCUUUGCUUUGGUUUUUCUUUAUGAGAUUCAGUUUGUUAAUGUGCCAAAAUAAGAAUUAAGGAGUCAAAGGAGGAUUGAGAUAUUUAACCUGGGACAUUCUAAUUUUUAUUUUUGUCUCUUAUUGUCAGAAAUUCACAGAGAACGUUUCGGAAUGUCUCCGGUAGAAGAGUUAAAACGUGAAGGAUAUAACCAUCUCACCAGCUUUGGAUCAUGGACACGCCCACAGCUUUCUAGAGCAGAUAGAUGCCUCACUUUUAUUUAAAAAAAAAAAAAAGAAUCACUUUCAAUACCUGGAGAUGUUCUAAACAUGUGAGAUUUAUCCUGGUGGGUAAUAACGGCCUUUUUAGAAUAUAAUACAGAAUAUUGACACUUUAUAUGGAAGCCCAUUUAAACCUGUUUAAAUCAAAACUAGGGACAGUGAGGUGAUAAGAUUACAAAGUCUGAGAUAGUAGAUCAUAUUUAUCACGGGGGCUUAUUCCAAUGAUUCUGACUUUAAUCUCAAAAUAAUAACACUGACCAUUUCACAAUCAUUUAGACUUAUUUUCUCAUAAUUAUACUCUCUGUUCCAUCUUUUUAACUUUUUAAUCCAUGGUUUUGACGUUUUAUUUCAUAUAUAGGUUUAAGAUAGAAAAUGUGACUUAAUCUCAUCAUUCAGAACGUGACCCAGUUAUCAGACCUCUUCCCCACAGUUUCCCAGCGUAUCCUCUGACCCCUGGUUAACAAACAAUGCUCCCUCUUCAAUGGGUUUUUAUUCUUUCCUUAACUUUGGACAAACUGACUUCAUAGUGAAUAAUCUGAUUCUAAUUGAGCCAUCUGAAUUCAUCCCUACUGAUCAUAUGGGCCAGGCAGUGGUGGUUAAAUUGGAGCUAUCUCAGGGUGGCGCAGGGGUUAACGCUAUCGCCUCACAGGAAAGUCUGAACCCUGGUCAGAAUCGCUCCCUGCAGAUUUGCAUGUUCUCUUCAUGCAUGUGUGGGUUCUCUCCGGGUUCUCCAGCUUCUACCCACGGACCAAAGACAUGUUCAUUAAGUUAAUCAGUGACUCUAAAUUGCCCAUAGUUGUGAGUGUGACCAUGCCUGGUUGUUUGUGUCAGCCCUGCGAUUGGCUGGUGACCAGUCCAAGGUGUACCCCGCCUCUCACCCAAUGCCAGACUGGAUAGGCUCCAACCCCCCCAACCCUGAACGGGAUAAGCGGUGUAGAAAAUGGGUGGAUGGCCGGUUUAGCGUUUGACCUUCAUCAGGAUGCAGCAAUCUACCGAAGACAUCAGAACCAUCUCUAUCUCUGGUUUUAACUCAGUCUGUGUAAAAAUAAAACGUCCCAGGUUAAAGACUGAACACAGAGCACUUCCCACAAACUCACUCCACGUCUUCUGCAUGGCUGCUUUUAUGGUAUGGAUGUGUAAAUGUAACAUCAGAGAUGUGAUUUUAGAUUUUUAGACAUGAGGACGAUGAGAGGAGACGUCACAGCGUCGGCUCUCUACUUCACUACAGACCACGGCCUGGGGGCAACAGUGGCCUGCUGUAGAUCUGAAUCAAGACUUUAAAGGAGCAGUCAGUUAUUUUUUAUACCAUUAUCUGUUCGUCUGAACAAAUCACAGCUUUCAGCUUAGCUGAUGAAUAAAAAAAGGCUACAGGUUCAGGGUCACUCUGAGGUCCCUUUAAAGGCCAAAAUGAGACAUCAUGAGGAGUUUUAAAGUUUAAAAUUGUUAGUUUAAUGUUUUACUUUGAUAUAAAGCUGCAGCACAUGUCUGACAACGAUGAUGAUUUCCUCACUGCUUCAGAAAAAUAAACUCCAGUUUCACUGGAUCCAUGUGAAAGUUGCCAAAAGAAAUAUUAGAUAACAUGAAUUUAAACAUUCUUUAGUCUGAGUAUAGAGUUAGGUUGUCAACUUAUCAUUCUCAGUCACUUUUCUAUGCUUCAAAACAAUACCUACUGUGUUAUUUCUGACAGGUAGUAACUAAAAGUACCAAAGUUAAAAACUAAUCAUGCAUCAACAGGUUUGAUUCAGUAAAGAGGUAGAAGAGGGAUUAAUCCAUCAGAUGGUAGUUAAAACACCUGCCUGCUGUCUAAACUGCACAAAAACAUCAGCAGUGUUUGAAUGAAAGUUAGGCCAGAAACCCAGACCUGGAUCUGAGUACACCUGAGCCCAUAUCUACCUACAUUUGUUCAUCAUGAAUGCAGGCGUACUGUACUUGGUAUGUUUAUAUUUUUUUAUUAUUUAAAAACAAAGACAUUUCUCAACUGUCAAGGACUUCAGUUUUGUGUUUGUCCUUGGUAUCUGAACAUUUCUGGUCUAGUUUCUUUUAUUGGUGGAUAAUCAGAAGUUAAAAGGUUAACUUUGACACUGCUGAUUUUAUCAGUUCUGUCAUGUUUAGUGCAGUUCAGACGAUGCAAACCAGGCAGUGUGCAGGAGCUUUCCUGCAGCUACUGAAUCCAGAAAUUACCUGAUAUCAGUGCCAAGGACUUGUAGUUUUAAUGCCAUGGUAUCAGUACUGAUUGUUGUGUUGUACUGAGAAUGAAAAUCAGUUUAAAAAAAUCAGAUGUUUGUUUCCUGAUGCACUCUCCUUUUAAACUUAGCUGCUGAAUAACCUCACGUAUAACUGCUCACAUUGCUUACCUAUGUUACAGGAGUAUUCCAGAAUAUUCUGAGCAGUUUUUGACUCUCCUAAUGGUGAAUGAUUUAGACUGAUGUGGUUAAUUGAUGAAAUUAUUAAGAUGUUUUAGACAUGUCGGUGAGGUAGCAGGAUAAACAAGUUUUCUGUUUUUGGGAAAUGCAAUAAAAGCAGAGACGCAGUCGGCACUUUAAUAUUUAUAUCUCUGUUUUGGCUCUAAAAUUACCUUUAAUCUGAUAGAGGGUUUCAAUGUGAUGCUGGAGUCGCUGUGGUGAAAAGAAAGGGUGUUUUUUUAACGUCUCGUCUUUUGUAAAAAUUUAAAAUCUUCCUCUCACUCAUGUUUUGUACUUUUUCUCACAGCGAGGAGAUUUAUUUUUGAUGUGACUUCUUUUGUUAACAGGAAACCUUUUUGUAACUCUGUGAACCUUUGGUGUGAUUUUGUUGUACAGCAGCGUCUGAUGAAAUGCAUGAAAUGUCCCUUUAAUGUCGCCUUAACUGCUGUGAAUACUGUACAGAUGCACUGUGUAUUUCUCAAGGCUUUAUCAGUAAAGACUCAGCUGUUAAAACAC